AACUUCCCAGCAGGCAGAGCGCAGCCUGGGAACGGGGAGCAAGAUGGCGGACGCCGAAGAGGAGGUUUCCGAGCCGGCUACCCUUUCCGCAGCCCCAGUUUCAUUUGGCUUCACUCGCACCUCUGUCCGGAGGCGACUGGCGGAUAAAGCAGACGGCACAGGGUCGGCCCCAGAGGAGAAGGAUUUCUUGAAGGUCGUGGAAGGCAGAGAGCUGCAGAGUGUGAAGCCCUUAGAAGCCCCUAAGGAACUGGUCAUCCCAUUGAUCCAGAGUGGCUUCCGAAGGCAGCCCUUGGCCCAGACGCCUAUGCCAUCCGUAGAGGCUUUGGGGGAUGGGGUGCUGUCCCAGGCUGUGAAGGAGCUCAUUGAGGAAUCCAAGAAGUCUCUGGAAGAGAGAGAGAAUGCGGGUGUUGACCCCUCGCUUGCUAUCCCCAUGAUCCAGAAAGGAUGCAUCCCCGGAGAGGAGGGGGCAGACAGCACACCCCGGGCUGAGACAGUGCCAGAGGAGGCUGAUUAUGAGGCUGUCCCUGUGGAGGCCUACGGGCUGGCCAUGCUGCGGGGUAUGGGCUGGAAACCUGGUGAGGGCAUUGGCCGCACUUUCAAUCAAGUGGUGAAACCCCGUGUGAACUUGCUGAGGCCCAAGGGGCUAGGGCUGGGUGCCAGCUUGACAGAGGCCCAGGCCUUGCCCUCCAGUGGCUCCUACUGCCCCCCAAAGCCAGGUGGGGAACAAAAGAAGGGUAAGGAAGACCAACCACAAGGGCUGGUGCCUGGCAGAACCGUGGUGGUCCUUUCUGGCCCUCAUCGAGGCCUCUACGGGAAGGUGGAGGGCCUUGAUCCUGACAAUGUUCGGGCCAUGGUUCGUCUAGCACUGGGCAGUCGCAUGGUGACUGUUAGUGAAUACUGUUUGAGACCUGUGUCUCAACAGGAGUUUGACAAGAACUUGCAUUCUGGCCAGGCAAGCAGAACUUCCUUGGGGCAACACAAUGGCUCAUCCUUGUCACGGAAGGCCCACCAGAGUGAAGACCUCCGAGGCCGGCAGGAGGACCCAGAGAAGAAGCGGAAACACCCUCCAGACCGACAGGACGGGCCUGUGGCCAAGAGUGAGAAAGCAGCCAGCAGGAGUCAGCACUGGCUGCACAGAGACCUGCGUGUGCGUUUUGUGGACAAGCUGUACAAGGGCGGCCAGUAUUACAACACCAAGAUGACGAUUGAAGAUGUCCUGAGCCCAGAUACAUGUGUAUGCCGGACAGAUAAAGGCCAAGUGCUGGAAGGCCUCAGGGAAGACAUGCUGGAGACUCUAGUUCCCAAGGUCGAGGGCGAUCGUGUGAUGGUGGUGCUGGGGCCACAGGCUGGAAGGGUGGGCCAUCUGUUGGGCCGGGACAGAGCCCAUAACCGGGCAUUGGUGCAGCUGCAGAGAGAGAAUCAGUUGGUGGAACUUCACUAUGACGCCGUCUGCCAGUUUAUGGGCCCCAUUGACUUCGAUGAAGACUGACUGUGGGGCAGUGCAGUCCUGUGAGUCCUUACCAGCUCUGUACCACCCAAAAAGUGGCCUUGGACAAUGUGAGAAGAUAAGUGUACAAUCCUGCAGUGCAAGGACGGGAGAAUGGAUGGAUGGACCAGAAAAAGACUAGAACUAAAUCUAGCAUUUACUAAAAUUGAGUGUAUAAUAAAAACCAUUUGAAAUGUUCAGAAGAAGGAUAAACUUGUCAGUGCUGUGCUGAGCUGUGACUUAAGAUGGAAGCCGCACCAGCCAAGGUGGGAACUAUUUCACCUGGAAGCCUCCUCUCCCUGCAUGAGGUGGGAACAGGUUAAAUAGCCCAUUGUAUCAGGAGCUGAUACUUGGAGACAGAACUGAGAAUGAAAUGUGCCCCUGGCCCCUGAAUGUCACAUCUCCCAGAAGUCCCCAGGUGCCAUCUUUUGGUAAAUGUCCCCAGUGGCCUGAAAUCUUGGUCCUUAGGGUGGAGCUAUUGGAAAGUGCUGCUGUUGCCUUUAGACCAGUGAUGGUGAACAUUUCAGACAUGGAGCACCAUGUAACCCCAAGCCUACUUAUUUCUUGAAAAGUGCCAACAUUGCAAUUCAGCCUGACUCUCCAAUGCCUGGCUGCUGGGGCAUCUUGGCAUACGUGCCAUAGGUUGGCCACCACUGAUUUAGAAGAUGAAAUGAAGAUUGUGUGGUCCUCA